AUGGGCAACGGGAUGUGCUCCCGAAAACAGAAGCGGAUUUUCCAGACCCUCCUGCUCUUGACUGUGGUCUUCGGCUUCCUCUACGGAGCGAUGCUCUACUACGAGCUGCAGGGCCAGCUGAGGAAGGCAGAGGCCACGGCGCUCAAGUACCAGCAGCACCAGGAGUCCCUCUCAGCUCAGUUACAAGUUGUAUAUGAGCACAGGUCAAGAUUAGAAAAGUCAUUACAAAAGGAGAGGCUUGAACAUAAGAAAGCAAAAGAAGAUUUUCUCGUUUAUAAACUAGAAGCACAGGAAACACUAAAUAAAGGAAGGCAAGACUCAAACAGCCGCUACAGUGCCCUGAGCGUGCAGCACCAGAUGUUGAAGAGUCAACAUGAAGAGCUAAAGAAGCAGCACGCCGACCUCGAGGAAGAUCACCGCAAACAAGGGGAAGAGUUUAGCAGAACCUUCAGUGAUCACAAGGAGCGAUACUUACAGCUGCAGCAGGAGAAAGAGCAGGAGAUCUCGAAGCUGAAGGAAUCCCUUUAUAACUUAAAGGAGGAGAACAGACAGUUGAGGAAAGCUCACCAGGACAUACACACCCAGCUACAAGAUGUUAAGCAACAGCAUAAGAACUUACUCUCCCAACACAACCAGCUUGUAGUGACUUUGGAAGACCACAAGAGUGCACUAGCUGCUGCACAGUCCCAGGUGGAGGAGUACAGACAGCUGAAGGACACACUCAACAAAAUGCCAAGUUUCCGACAGCCUGAGAAGGCAGAACAACCAAAGGAGCAGCCAGAGGUGGGAGCUCCAUCUCCUCACAGUGACCUCCUGCUGCACCAUGAAACUGUGGCUGAAGAGCACAAGGAGAACGAGGAGCCAAAAGAGAAAGAAGAAAUAAACACCCAGGAAAAAGAAGAUAGAGCUGAACCUUUUCAUCUACAAAGAAGGGCUAAUGAUGGCCAGCAUGCCAAAGAACUAAAUAUUCAGGAGCAGCAGGAGGCUGGAGAGGAUGAUGAGCAGCAUGUUGAUCAAGUUGAAGAGGAACACAAAAAAGAACUGGAAGAGGAAGAAAUGGAGCAGGCAGGUCAGCCGGAGCGCUUGGAGGAGGAGGAGCAGGAGCAGGAUCAAGUUCCAGAGGAGCACGAGUGGAAAAAACAGGAACAGAAAGAAGAAGAAACCAAUAUGCUGGGUGAUCAUCUGCACUCAGAGAUAACAUCACCAAAAGCUGUAACAAAAAGACAGAAGACAGCUUAUGAGCAACAACUGGAGCAGCAGCACCUUGCAGCCCAAAGAGCAGAGGAAGCCAACCAGCUGCGGGAGCAUCAGGAAUCACUCCACCAGCAAAGACUGCGAGGGCAGCUGCUACGGCAGCAACAGCUUCAAGAGAAAGAGGCAGAACAAGGAGAAAAACUCUACAAAACCAGGCUGAGCCAACAGGCUCAUUAUAACAUGGACCAUGAUAUUGUUCAAGGGGAAGAAGAUCAAGGUAUCCAGGAAGAGGAAGGAGCUUAUGAACGUGACAACCAGCACCAGCAUGAAGGUGAAGAGGAUGAGCAAAAUAAUGCAAAUGAACAGCAAGAACCAGAACAUCAAAUAGCAAAUCAACAGGCUGAUGAAUCAAAGGCAGCCAUGGAAGAUGUGAAUCCUGCUGAUGACCCCAACAAUCAGGGAGAAGAUGAAUUUGAGGAAGCUGAGCAAGAGAGAGAAGAAAAUCUACCAGAUGAAAAUGAAAAGCACAAGCAAACCAGUGCAAAACAAGGACACCCUGGAGUGGAAGAGCACCUAGUGAUGGCAGGAAAUCCUGACCAGCAGGAAGAUAAUGUGGAUGAACAAUACCAGGAAGAGGGAGAAGAGGAGAUCCAGGAAGAUCUGACUGAAGAGAAGAAACGAGAACUGGGACACAAUGCUGAGGAGCCAUAUGGUGAAAAUGAGGAGAAUGCAGAUGAAAAGAACAAUGGAGGGGCAGACCAAGAGAUGCAAGAAGAGAACAACCUGAAAGAAGUUCAUGAAGAAAACUAUGAGGAGGAAGAAGAGGAGGAGGAGGAUGGCAGAGCCAUUGCAGCAAAAACUCAGAGGCGAGGGGAGAUGUGAUCCUCUUCAAUUUUUAU